AGAGAUUGAAGAGCUUUUCAGUGGUGAAUUCUUGUGACGUGUGAAAAUAAAAGUCUGAAACAGCAUCUGUGUGUUUAUUCCAUGGCGGAGGAAAGCAAGGGGCGCUAUCCCUGCACCAUCUGCGGGAAGUUCUUCAAGACGCCGCCCUGCCUCAAGGCUCACGUGAAGAGACACAGCGAUGAGAGGAAGUUCCAGUGUGCGAUUUGCCGCAAGGACUUCAGAGACAAAACAAGCGUCCGGCGACAUGUCCUGGAAGUUCACGAGGGCAAGAAGCCCAGCGAAUUGUCCACAAUCAGCUACAAGUGUGCAGAGUGUGAGAAGAUGUUCUGGAACAAGACCAAGUACGAGAGGCACUUGCUGAUGCACAGCGACGUGAGGAAUGAAGAGUGUCCUGUGUGCUGCAAGAAGUUCAAGCACAAGUUCUACCUGGAGAGACACAUGCUGGUGCACAACACGGCGAAGCCCUACAGCUGCAAGAUCUGCGGCAAGUCCUUCGGCAGGGAGUACUAUCUCAAGAAGCACCUGAUGCGACACAGAGACAAGACGCUCAAGUGCGCCUACUGCACUAGAACCUACAGGAAUGACGAUGGCUUCAGGAGUCACAUGGACAUGUUCCACAGAGGGCUUCCCGAUGAUCCCGGCUGUGAUGUCAUCUCGUGCACAAUUUGCAGUGAGGUGUUUGAGGACUUUGAGAAUCUGAAGAGUCACGUGCAGAUUCAUCCGCUGGAGAAGCCUUUCGAGUGUGCUGAGUGCGGAAAAACCUACAUCAACAAGAGGCGAGUCAGGGAUCACAUCACCUUUGCCCAUGUUGGCGAGAAGAAAAUCUACAAGCGCACCAGAAAAUCACCACAGAAGACUGCCAGACACGGUGUGAAGAAAGUAGAAACUGUGCCAAAGUGUACGAUUUGCCUGAAGGUGUUCAAGGGCAGGAAAUUCCUGAAGAAUCACAUGAUUCUCCACGACAAGGAUCGACCACUUUUCCCGUGCAAAAUCUGCGGAUUGCAGCUGAAGAGGAAAUCUACACUGAGAGAUCAUGAGAAGAAUCACGAGAAGAGCAAGGAAAUCACCUACAUAAAUUGUCCAGGAUGUUGGAAGACGUACAUUAAGAAGAGAUCCUUCAACAAACACAUGGAGAGGCAUCACAAGGAUUUGCUGAAGAAAUUAGAUUGUCCAGAUGACGAGGAAGUUCUGGAGAGUGUGAUUGAGUGCUCUGAGACAAUCAAGACAGAACCUGACUGGUCUUAUGAGCUGAUAAAUUCCGAAGAAGAUGUGUGAAUUCUGCUUAGAGAUAAUAAAUUAUGUGUGCUUGAAAUUCUUCCUUGGAUGAGAUUUUCCUGUAAGAGAAGUCUUAAAGUAAGAGGUGUGGUGAGUAAAGUGAUGGUAAACAAAGCUGAAUGAUUAGAAUGGAAAUUCGUCUGUCUUCACUGUGAUGACAGAGUUUUCUGGCUGCAGAAAGCCAUCGAGAGUCACGUGCACAAGCACAGGAAUAGACACCUUAAGGACCUUCAGAGAUAACAAUUAAAGCUGAGGAAUCAAAUAGCGUGAAAAUUAAUUUAAUCACUUCUCAAAGGCUCUCUAAAAAACCUUCAGAUCUACUGGUGAAGUUACCAAAGAGGCUCUCUUAAUACUAUCAAUUCAUAAUAAUUAUCCUUAAAUCUCUUACGUGAGGCUUCCUGGCUGGGCUCUUCGCUUGAGUCCCCUUGUUCCCUAC